CCUAAUGCAAACUUUUAUAUGUAUCAAAAACACGUGACUCCAGAAUGUCUCCGAUGGUCUACAAAUGGUUCAGACUCCGUCACGUCCUAAGUGUCUUCUUUAGGAAUCUCUUGGAAAAACUCUAACCGACGAUGUGUGACAAUUGAAUGAAGGCUUUAAUUAUUAAAUGGAAGAAAGAUGGGUGAUGACGUCAGACGCAGCUGUAGAAAUCAGGUCAAAUUAUAUAGGUCAAAUCAGUUUCAAUGAUCACUCAAUGGCUGUCAAAGAUUCCUCAUCGGUUUGUGGACAAAGGGCCACGUAUUAGGAAAUUUAUGAUGGAUCUAGGAUGGAAGUCUUCCGUGCUGGCAUUAUGGAUAUUUGUGCUUUACACAACUUCAGUGUGUCUUGUUCGUGGUUUUGGGAUAUCUAAUCAAAUCAGGCCGUUCAACAAUCGGAACUGUACAACGCCUCCGUGCAGAAACGUGUUUCAUUUAACUUUUGCCGAAAAAGUUCGAAUUGACAUGCUGAAAAAACAUAUCAUGAACGAGUUAAACAUUCAGGACAAAAUACAAGUGCAGAAUACGAAAUUAACAGAGAAGGAGACCAAAAACCUACCCCAGAAAGAUAAGACCCCACAAACGCCGCAGACUCAGCCUAUGCAGGAACCGGAAUUACCAGAAAUGGCAGAAAUAGUCAGUUUCUCCGAGAAACCAGAAAAUAUUUCCGGAAGAAACGUACUCUCAUUCAGCAUUGAUGUGAGCACCAAACCAAAAGAAUACAUAGAGGCGGUGAGUGCGCACCUGUGGAUUUUAAUGAGAAAGCGAAAAAGAGGCAGAUCCCGGGGCAGAAAGGUUAUACUAAGGGUGAUGAAAGUACCUAAUCAAAAGGACGAAAAGUUUCACUACCUCACGGCUUUAAGAACACGAGUGAAAAAGACUAGGUGGCAAAAAAUUAGUCUCCCCGUGACAUUGAUUCAAUCCAUGUUAGAUUCUAAAGACAAUGCUCUAAAUCUAAGGAUAUCUUGUAAACAUUGUGGUCGAAUGGUGCGUCCGGUGUUGUUUCGAAGAGAAAAUAAAAACUUAAAAAAUGGAAAAUUUCGAAAAAGGAAAGGGAAAGGGAAGGGAAAACGUCGGCGGCGCAGACGGCGCAUGCGUAAUAAAAGAACUAACGAAAAUAACCGAAUACAGCCGUUUCUUGUGAUUAGUACUAGAUAUCGACAUACAUUCAAGCAAUCAUGAUAUUUUUUUUCUAAUUUUUAUCAGCUACUGUGUUCACAAGGAAUUCUGGAAGACUUCCUACCGUAUAAGCGUCACAGGACGUGAUUCUAACAUCACAGGGUUGAGAAGGAUGAAAGAAAGAGCUUUUGAUUUUUUACGUAUGAGGUUUACCAGGCGCGUUUUAUUUUCUUUUUCCAGAACGGGUACCUUCGUUUCCCUACAUUUGAGGAAUGUUCAAGAACAGCGGUUACUCUUUGGUUUAAGUUAGUCACGACGCCAAGCCGAAUGGGUCCUUAAGAACAAGUGUUAGUACAAACGUACUCUAUGUCAGAGACAAAUGAAGUUUGUAAUUUGUUAAUAAAUGUUGUUAUAA